CCUGAUACAUUUACUGAAAGGCCUGAUGUCACAACUGAACAAAUAUGUAUAAGAGAAAACAGCAAAUAGAUCUUGGAAGCCUGUCAUGAUGAUUGUUCUCAUCUUCUUUGGGUUCACUGAUCUUCCAGUGUUAUUGACACUCAGCCCAGAUCCUGGAUCCGGUAUUUAUUUUCAAGUUGAAGAAGCCAAGCUCAUGUUUUUCAUCAGGUGAUGUUUGAUUUAGAUUUCUGAUCAUCAAGGUGAGGUGACACAUCAGCAGGUAUAAAAUAACGGAGUCUGAACGUCUGAGACACAGAGGAGAAGCAGAAGUUUGGAAUCAAGUUCAUUCAGCUGCAGUGAACCACACUGACCACAGAUUUUCAGUUUGUCCAGUUCAACAGUAAGGAUGAAGCUGUUAUCACUUCUCUUCCUCCUGGCUCCACUGCUGAUCAGCUGUGAAACGGCUGAGGACCAACUGCCACGAGAUCGUGAUGACAUCUACAAUAAGGAUAAUAAUCUUACCAGUGGAGUUUACAUCAUCUAUCCAAGUGGAUCUACAUCUGCUAUUCAGGCUUACUGCGACAUGGACUCAGAGGGAGGACGCUGGACGGUUUUCCAGAGGAGGAUGGAUGGCUCUGUAAACUUCUACAGACCCUUUGCGGAGUACAAGAGAGGCUUUGGAAACGCUGCUGGAGAGUACUGGCUGGGUCUUGAUAACAUCCAUGAAUUGACACGGAGUCAGAAUUAUGAACUGAUGGUCGACAUGGAGGACUUUGAAGGAAACAAAAAGUUUGCUCUUUACUCUUCAUUUAAAGUCGAUGCUGAGUGUGAGGGUUACCUUCUGCAUGUGAGCGGUUUCAACAACAAAGGGGGCGCUGGAGACAGCCUUGCCUAUCACGGUGGAAUGAAAUUUUCCACCUUUGACAAAGACCAGGACCAGUGGAGCAGCAACUGUGCCAAAAAAUAUCUCGGUGCUUUCUGGUACAAUCAGGGUCACUAUACAAACCCCAAUGGGGUUUAUCGCUGGGGGGCUGACAACACACUCCAUUAUAUUGGAGUGGAAUGGUCUGCAUGGAAGGGAGUUAAUUACUCCCUGAAGAGCAUCAGCAUGAAGAUCCGUCCUCUCAUUUAAAUCUGCAGGUCAAACAUCCAGCAAAAAAUAAUGAGUUGCUUUUUCUUAUAAUCAAACAUCAACUUUUAGCUUCAAACAUGAAUCAAAAGUUCACUUGAUUACUAA